AUGCGGCCACUACGGGUUAUUAUUGCUCCCUCCGGAAUCGAGGAGGACCUGGAGGCAGACAAAGUAGCCGACUGUAUCGAGAAAGGGAUUAGAGAAGGCUUUCCUGGAGAUGACGCCUUGGUACGCAAAAUACCACUCUAUGAUGAUAAAGACUUCAUCAAAUCAUUCUUAGCACUUCACAAUUGUGAAAUCUACUGCGUUACUAUCAACAAUCCAUUCUGCUAUGCUGUCGAGUCUUGGUUCUGGACAUGUGACGAUGGUAGCACCGCCUUAGUGGAUCUGAAGGCAGUUGCUGGAUCACAUAAAAUACCAGAUAAUUGCCUUGAUCUCAUCAAGGGCACAAGUUACGGGGUUGGAGAAUUACUUAACGCAGCACUUGACGCUGGUUGUACGAAGAUUAUCAUUUCCUGCGACAGCUUUGGAGCGUUGGAUGGGGGCGCGGGAAUGCUUCAAGCACUUGGAGCUAGGUUAUUCGAUAUAAGCGGGAAAGACAUACUGACAAUUGGUGGUGGUCCUGAACUGACCAACCUAAGUCGCAUUGAUAUGAGCAAUAUUCAUCCUAGGUUGCGCAACAAAAAAGAAAAAAUACGUAUCGAAGCUGUGUGUCCCACGAUGGACGUGCUCUGUGGCUCCAAAGGAGUUGCCUUAGCUGAUGGGCCUCAAAAUCAAGCAUCAAUGGAACAAAUCGAGGAUCUCACAUUAGCGUUGGAGAUUUUCGCUGAAAUCGUAGGGAAUCUACUGGGGGAAGAUGUUGGUUCCAAGCCUGGAAGUGGUGUUUCUGGUGGUUUAGGUACUGGAUUGAUGCUACUGGGAGCCAAGUUUCGGACAACCCCCGAUGCUGCGAGCAAACACCUUGACCUUGAAAAGUUGUUCACCGAGCCUUGGGAUGUCGUGUUCACGGGUGCAAGAUCUUUAUCGUCUCUAGAUCCCAAAGCAGGGAAAGCCAUAGAGAUUGCGCGACGUGCUCGAAACCAUGGCGUUGCUGUAAUGGCUGUGGCUAAGACCAUUGGAGAUGACAGACCCGCAGACCUUUUUUACAAAGGGUUCACUUCAUUUACAGGUAUUUCUGAAGACUGUACACUCGGGGAACCGCAGGUCGAAUAUCUUAUUGAGCAGGCUGUGGGAAGAUUUAUUCUAGUUAUUCAGAUCGGGUUAUCGUUACAUAGGUAG